AUGCAAUUGACCAUGAAGGACGCUCAAGUGGAGUCAUUCAAACCUAAGGUUGAAUCAGCAUUAAAGGAUGAAUCGGUAAACGGUGAUAAUUCAACUAAAUCAUUAGAAAAUACUACAACCAGUACAAGUAAAGUUAACGUGUUUCAUACUCCUCCAAUAUCAAACUCAAAAUUCGAUUUACUGAAGUCUGUGAAUACCUCUUAUAAAACUUCAGAUCAAAUCUCACAAGUUUCAGUUAAAUCAUCAGCAACUACAAACUCUAUCGGCGCUACUUCGACUACCUCAUCAUCCACUAUGUCAUCAUCAACAACUGCUAAUACUUCGAAUAGCAAUAUGCAUGUGGGAAACGAAUCAUUGAUCAACGAAGAAGAUGUCGAAAAAGAAGUUAAUGUCUUGAAAGAAUUGCCUCCUGAGCUAAUGAAAAUAUUGGAUUUAUUUAUUGUGGAUUUGAAGCAACCUAAAUAUGCAAAACCAUUAACAAUUUUACAAUUGUCAUCAGUCUUUCAAAAUUUUUACACUUCAUUUGAUAAGAAUUGCUUCCAAUAUCUGCAAAACAUUCAGUUGCAGAAUAAUAGUUCAAAUUCAAAUGUAUCAACGUACAUGAACGCCAGAGAAACAUUAAGCAGUGGUUUAAGUGGGUUGUUUGCAAGAAGCAGGAGUAGUAGUGUUAAUAGUAAUGUCCCUAUAAGAGGUAGGAGGUCAUCUUCCCUCUUCAGCUCAGAUUCAACAACAAACGUCACUCAAAUGUUAUCUCCAGAAGAAAUAAAUAAACAGUUGAAGAAUAAUGAACUAAAUAACUUGAAAAUUGAAAAGUACAUGGAAUUUUGUGAAAAGGAUAUUUUCAAGAAAAUUAUUGAUGUAGGAACUUCUGCAAUCAAACCUAAUGAAAUGUUGAAAUCAACCUCAAUUAAUGAAACUGACGAGUUGCCAACAAAAAAAAAUAAUACUGAAAAGAACACAGAACUAUUUAAGCUUUCUCAACUUUUCAAAAAUAGUCCAGAAUAUGAAAAAUACAGCAAUUUACUUCAUAAAAAAAUAAAAUGCCUGAAUAAGUUAAAUGCAGAUAAUACAAUUGACCUUAAAAAGUUUCUUGAAGUCCCAUCUAACUUUCAAGAAGAAGAUUUUAUAGUUGCAGAGAAGAUAUUUAAUGAGCUUAUUUACAACAGUAUUGCACCAUGCGAGAAACUUGGCUUACUAGUAAAAUUGCAUCGUUCCAUGACUUCAUCAACCGAACCUACGUCAAAUGACGAGUAUUUAUCGUUGUUAAUUUAUUAUGUUAUACGAGCAAACCCAAAGAACAUAUUUUUGAAUACCCAAUUUAUUAAAUUAUUCAGAUAUAAGAAGAAAUUAGUUGAAAAUGAACUUUUCGUGCUUACAAAUAUCGAAGCUACCUUAACUUUCAUUGAUAGUAUUAAAACUACAGACUUUUCAAAAGAAACUCAAGAAAUACUGAAACGUGAAACUCAAGAAAUCUUGGAUAUUAGUAUCGGAAAAGUUGUGAAAUUACCAUCCUUACAUCAUUCACUGUCAAGUUCUAAUCUAGAUCAGAUUGUCGAAUUACCUUUAUCAGAUAAUAUCAAUAGGUCUGCAUCAUAUGAUGGGAUAAAAACUGUGCUAGAUGCCUCCGUUAAAAACAUUUUAGGCAGAAUUAAACCUUAUGCAUAUGGUAAGCCAAUUUCAAGGAGUCCAUCUUUAACAUCAUUAGAUAAUACAGCAACUGUUAAAUUCUCAGGAAAGGAAAACGAACAAUUCCCAACUGGAAUUGAUGAAACAUUAAUUGGUGAUAAUUCUACCCCUGAAGUUGAAAAGUUAUCAUUAAAAACACCAACUAUUAAUAACUGGAAGAAAUACAGAGAUUUGAAUUUCGAAGAUUUAAAAGUGAAUGAACUCAAGGAAAUCUUUGAGGUAUAUAAAACUUUCGCCAAUAAAAAUUCACCAGAAAUAUAA